CUAACCAACCCGAAACUUGGUAAGUGGGGUACAACGUGCCCACUAAUGACCUUAACUAUCUCUUUAUCUACCGAUAAGGCAUACUUUGGAUAUGAACAGCAUACAAAGUUGCGAUUCUUGAUAAUACAAG